AUGGCUUGUCUAGCCGAAGCGGAUGCGGACAACCGAGAGCUAUGUAUUGUCAUGCCGCAUGGAAAACCACUCGCGGGAAUAGCGUGUUUUCUCUUGUGCCAUGACCGGUAUGGAGCUCACGUCUUGCUAUCAUCGCUGAGAGGGUUGAGUUUUAUGGCCGAGUCUCCAGCGCAGGAGCGUCUGUGCUGUCGUCGCACACCGGGCAGCCACAUACCGGACAACUCCCAAGUGUCGGGACAUGGGAUGCUCUUUCCUAAAAGCCUCGUCCACGGUGUCACGCUCUUACUCAACCGGCUCAGCGCCGGUCACCUCAUGAAUUUUACUUGGGGCUACUCAUGGCUUCCCAAAGGGAUCCUAGAUUUAGAGGGCUAUAUCCCGCAAUUUCAACCCCAAAUCACGUCGCUUGCGCUCUAUACGAGAAGUGCAGAUGACGGAGACGAUGGUGGUUGUAUCAUUACCGAAGACAUCAAUGUCGAUGGGCUUGUCAAACUCCGCCAUCUAAGAGCUCUGGUAUGGCACGGCAUCUCCACCAGAAGACAUGCUUUCAUACUUGAGACGUGCAUCCGACAUAACUCCGGUACUUUGGAAAGGCUGGACCUUCGAUUAUCUGACGGCACAGUAUACCCAACGAGCUCGAUGACAUAUAUGCGCAAGCGUCCGUCGUUUCCAAAUCUACGAACGGUAACCCUAAAAAAUGUGCCGAUACUCGAACAUGGGUUGAUGGCCGACCUCGUAUCUCAAUCAGCCUCGGUUGAAAUCAUAGGACCUCAAAUAUCAGGGUUAAGACAAAACGCAGCCAUGAAGGAACAGGAUCUAGAUCUCAUCCGCGAGAUUGGAUGGCACCGCGGCCGAAAUCGUCUGUACCGGGCACACUAUCGUCUUUUCAAGGAGCUUCAGGAAAUGAUUCGCACUGGCAUAAACGAUUUGUUGACUCUUUACUGUGGCGAGACGGCUUCCCUCGGCGGAAUCCAGGGGCUUCUCGACCUCUACUGUUCGCAAUCGUUUCUCCCUUUCCAGGAAACGGUCGAGCUGUUGUGCCUAUUUUACCUGGAUCCGAGACUAGACGUAGAGAAAUGUGAAAGUAUCCUGAAUUGCUGCUCCCAGCCGUUACCCUCGAGGACUAAACUUCUUGCGCUACUGAGACUCCACUGUUCUCAGCCAUUGCCUACCACUGGCGAUGUUCCUGAGUUGUUGAAGCGUCUUGCGAGCCCUUAUCCUGCAUUGGCUCUGGUGGAGCGGACUUUGGUCCGACACUGCUCGCAGCGGGUUCCAUCUUUGUCGGAUGUGGUUAAGUUGCUAAACCUGUUUUAUUCGCAGCCCGGUCUUUCGUUGAGCCAGGCGGAAGAGCAUCUCAGCCGGUUCAGUUCGCAGCCCUCCCCACCCUUGAAGUCAAUCAUCGAGAGCUUAACUCAAUUCAAGUCCCAGCAACAGUUCGUCUCAGUAGCGGACGUUGCCGUUGGAAUGCAGCAGCGGACGGAUGCGUUAGCUGAGCGGGCGCGCGAGGCGGAAGAUGCUUGGAAUGAGCUACUCCAAAACACUCAACAUCACCAAUGA